AGCUUGCAUUAGCCAUUAGCCAUUAGCCUGUCUAAGCGCCGAGUCAUGGCGGCACAGACCCGUGCUCUGGUGUCCUGUAAGUGGCUGGCAGAUGCUGUCAGAAAUAACCUCGUCGGGCCCAAGCUUCGCAUCCUCGAUGCUUCAUGGUACCUCCCGAAAACGAAGCGGGACCCGAGAGCUGAAUUUUUGCAGAAGCACAUCCCGGGCUCCUCGUUCUUUGACCUAGACGACUGCUGUGACAAGACCUCUGCGUUUGAUCACAUGCUGCCAACUUCCAGCCACUUCUCCCGGUAUGUAGGAGAUCUGGGCAUCGGGAACGACACGCACGUAGUUGUGUAUGACACUAGCGACUUUGGGUCGUUCUGCGCGCCCCGGGUGUGGUGGAUGUUCCGGCUGUUCGGACACAGUUUGGUGUCGGUGCUGGACGGGGGCAUGAGGAACUGGCUGGCGGACGGCUAUCCGGUGACAGCGGACUACUCCAGGCCCGAGUCUACAGGGUUCACGGCGACUCUAAAUCAGUCGUGGGUGAAGAGCUACGAAGACGUGCUGGAGAACAUCGGGACCAAGCAGGUCCAGGUUGUGGAUGCCAGGUCCGCAGGAAGGUUCAGGGGAACUGAGCCAGAGCCCAGAGACGACACGCUGCCAGGCCAUUUCCCCGGUGCGAUCAACAUGCCGUUCAGUUCGUUCUUGGAUGCUUCUGGAAAGGAGCUGGGAACUGAGGUUCUGUCCAUACUGUUCAGAGAGGCCGGGGUAGACCUGAAGCAACCACUCUGGGCUUCCUGUGGGUCCGGUGUCACAGCGUGCCACGUUGUUCUGGCCGCUCACCUGCUCGGACACCCUGGGGUCUGUGUUUAUGACGGCUCCUGGUCGGAAUGGUUCAAGAGGGCAUCUGCAGAGCUUAUCAUCACAGAGGGAGAGGAAAAGAAGGUGUAAAUGAAAGCCGAAAGGCAGUGGACUAUUACUACAAGCAAGGAUGUGAUGCUGCUUUCACAAGAAAAAAUGUGUGCGUUUGCUGCCAACAAGUGAUAUAUCAACACUAUAGAACUAACCUCAUAGUGUACUCUCUACUUAUACUGAGGAGGUAGUACAUGCUGCAUAAGGCUGCGUACAGUGAGCUUAUUAUGAAAAUGAAUCACUAACAGUUGCAAGUUUUAACAGUUGUCAGAAAAUUGUAUUGAAAAUCUCCUUUACUUAUGCAGAUUAUCUGACUUUUCUAAGACAAAUUGCGUAUUUUAGAAAGCUUUACAAUAUCCUGAAAUUACAUGCGGGCUUUGUUUGUCACUUUUGUGUCUCAUCAUGUUUGAAAUCGUCCUGUGAUGUGAUUCUUUUCCAUUGAGAUAGGGGACGUUUGAUUCUUGGAAGAAGGGCACUUAGGAGGAGGUCAUGUGAAUAUAGAUGAAUUAUUUUGUUAUAAUAAAUGGCGACGUCCUUGUUUUGUCAUGCUA